AUGGUAGUAACAUUUGAGGACGGCUGUCCAGAUAUUCUUUCUGAUAAUUUUUUUGAGGUCAUCAUCGUUGGUGGGGGAACAUGUGGUCUCGCAGUGGCUGCAAGGUUGUGUGAGGAUACUCCAGGUUCCAUUUAUACCGAGGACGAGCACCAGAGAUUCCAUUGGUUGAAGAAAAGAGGUAACAAAGUCACCACGAUAAACAAAGGAAUGAAAUUUUCCGGAAAGUAUGUGCUGCCUUUGAGACUCAAUGCGCAGAAUAUUUUAGUAUUAGAUGCGAUUGCUGAUCAGUUUAUGGGUCAAUGGGACAACCAGUUUCAGUCUUGCCAGAUUCCAGUAUUGAGAUCACCAAUGUUCUUUCAUCCUGAUCCUGUAAAUGUGGAUGCAAUGAUAACAUAUGCACAUAUUGAAAAGAGAGAAAAGGACUUGAUGGAAAUUCCUAAUGUCGUUGGCCGCGAGUACUCCAAACAUCAACACAAACGCACUAUGAAGAAACAAUGUGCCAAGUGCCCAGCACCAGUGAAUGGAUUGAAAUCUCAUGACAAACAGGGAAUUAUUGAUAUUAAUAUGAGAGAUUGGAGAGACUAUUAUCGUCCAUCCACGAAGUUCUUUAAGGACUUCUGUCAAGAUUUGGUGGAGAGGUACAACCUUAGCAACAGUGUGGUCAAGGACGAAGUUGUGUCCAUAAGGUACGGUGACAUUCAUAUUUACGACUUGAAUAUGGUUGAGAAGGGAUUUAUUGUCACCACUCAGUCUGGAAUCGUUUACGGAAGCAAAACGUGCGUUGUUGCUUCUGGCCAUCGCGGAGAGGUGAACUUCCCUAUUAAAGGAUUGGCUGCAGCGGAUCCUACUUUGGAUUUUGCCUGUCAUUCCACCAACAUAUUCAGAAGAGAAGUUAAUUUCCCACACCCGAGGCUUUCACCUAAAAGCUCGCACAUCGUGGUAGUGGGAGGAGGUUUGACAUCUGCCCAAUUGGCACAUGUUGCAUGUCUGAAAGGAUUCAAAGUAACGUUGCUUCUUCGUGGACCCAUGAAGAUCAAGCACUUUGACUUCCAUUUAGAUUGGGUCACGAAGUAUAAAAAUGUCAAAAAGUCGAGCUUUUACAUGUUAGACACCGAUGAAGAGCGCUUGGAACUUAUCCAUGCUGCCAGAGAAGGCGGACUGGUAAAUCCAGAGUACUACAAUAUCUUGAACAAACACAUUCAAAACGGUAGUAUGACGAUUUUGAAGUACACAACGAUUGAGUCUGGUAUUAUUGAGGACUCUCGCUGGAAUUUGAAGUUAUGCACCCGAGAGCCACCACAAAAGCCUAAAGACAAAGCUGAGAUGGAAACUGAUCCAAUUGAAAAGAUCACCAAAACAGAGAUGAAAGCAGACUACAUAUGCUGUGCUACUGGAAUUCGAGCCAACCUUGAGAGUCUACAGUUCAUGAGCCAAAUUUUGAAAGAGUAUCCAAUAGACACUGUGGGAGGUCUACCAUGUCUUACUGACCACCUUCAAUGGAACGACAACCUUCCACUUUAUAUGGUUGGGAAGAAUGCAUCACUUAGGAUUGGUCCAACAGCUGCCAACUUAGAUGGGGCAAGGCUGUGUGCCGAAAGAGUGGGAUGGAAAAUCCAAGAGGACAGGGCAAAGGAGAGGAAACCAACAUCUUUGGACACAACUCUUCGGUUAGCUGCUGGCAACAUGAACUGGUAUUCAUUGUUGCAAGAAGCAUGA